GGAAAGGAGAAGCAGCCUCCUUUUCUACUUGCGUCUGUGUUUUUACUGGUGUGAUGUUUUGAGCCUCUCUAUCGCAUUCAAAGCCCAUAGGGAAACAGAACUACCACUGUCUUAUCACUGGCUGUGAGGCCAAAUUUUGUCUGGUCAUCGUAGAAAGAACUUGCUUGUAAUCCGCAUCGGACUGAAAAGAAAGAUUUGACGGAUUUGACUUUGCAUCUAUCCCGAAAGAGGGACAGCAAAUAGAAAAAUGGCAACCAGUAAUGAUAUGGUGGACACCGAUUUCCCAUCAUGGGCCUUACUUCCGAAAAAGGAGACUAACGUCAUGGCCUUUCUCAACAAAUACCCUGAGUAUGAUGGCAGAGGCACUGUCAUUGCCAUAUUCGACUCAGGAGUUGAUCCAGGAGCUGAUGGUCUGCAGGUCACCAGUGACGGCAAACCUAAGGUCAUCGAGCGCAUUGACUGCAGCGGGGCAGGAGAUGUGGACACCUCCACUGUAGUGAAAGCCAAUGACGGUGCUAUCUUAGGCCUGACUGGCCGAAAGCUGAGAAUUCCCAAGGAUUGGAAAAAUCCUACUGGGGAAUAUCACAUUGGUGUGAAAAAUGCCUUUGAAUUGUACCCUUCCAAACUGCGUGAAAGAAUCGAGAAGGAGCGAAAGGAGAGACGCUGGGAUCCCGGCCAUAAAAGUGCUCAGGCCGAAGCUGCCAGAAAACUACAAGAGUUUGAAGCGAAAAAUCCUCAGCCAACUGGACCUGACAAGUUGAUGAAGGAAGACUAUGAGACUCAAAUCGAGUUACUCGCCUCUAUGGAGAAGAAGUAUUACGACCCCGGACCUGCAUAUGACUGUGUAGUCUUUCAUGACGGUGAAAUGUGGAGGGCUUGUGUUGACACAACUGAGGAGGGAGACUUGGAGAAGUGCGUGGUCAUGGGUCCAUUCAGGAAAACUAGGGACUUCGCUCCCCUGACCAAGUCUGAUCAGUUGCACUACAGCGUUAAUUUCCAUGAUAAAGGAAACACUUUGGAAAUAGUGUCUAUGUGCUCAAGCCAUGGAACUCAUGUCGCUUCAAUUGCUGCUGCAUACUGUCCUGACAAUCCUGAAAAAAAUGGUGUUGCCCCAGGCGCACAGAUUGUGUCAUUUACUAUUGGUGACAACCGACUGGGCUCAAUGGAAACUGGCACUGCUUUGGUGAGGGCCAUGACUCGAGUUAUGAGCAAAGAGGAGUCUCAGGAUGAUGAUGGGUGGAAUGGACACAUAGACGUCAUUAACAUGAGUUAUGGCGAACAUGUCCACUGGUCCGGUUCAGGGCGAGUUGGUGAGCUGAUGAAUGAGGUUAUUAACAAUUACGGCGUGAUCUGGAUUGCUUCUGCCGGCAACAAUGGACCAGCCCUUUGCACCAUCAGCACUCCUCCUGACAUAAGCACAAACGCUGUCAUUGGGGUUGGCGCCUACGUGUCUCCCGACAUGAUGGUAGCUGAAUAUUCAAUGCGCAAAAAGCUGCCUGGCACUCCAUACACGUGGACGUCUCGUGGGCCAACCACGGACGGCGAUUUUGGCGUCAGCAUUUGUGCUCCUGGAGGCGCCAUCGCUUCUGUGCCUGCUUUCACCCUGAGAGGCACCCAACUCAUGAACGGCACCAGCAUGGCUGCUCCACACGUGUGUGGCGCGGUUGCUUUGUUGGUUUCUGGAAUGAAAGCUCGUUCGCUGCCAUACUCUCCAUACAGUAUGAAGAGGGCCCUUGAAAACACUGCCCAGUACAUGGAGGACCUUGAUGAUUUUGCCCAAGGACAUGGCUUGCUGCAAGUCGAAAAGGCGUUCGCCCACCUCUGUAAAUACGCAGACGCUUGUGAACGAGAUGUUCGCUUCCACAUAACUUGUGGCACGUCUGGCAAAGGAAUCCAUUUGAGAGGCGGUCUGCAGGAUACAGCGAAAGAGCAGAGUAUCACUGUUGAGCCUUUCUUCCUCAAAAAUGACUAUGCUGAUCCUAAAUCAAAAAUUGAAUUCAACAUACGAUUUGCUCUGGCAUGUUCUGCUCCAUGGGUUGAGUAUCCGAGCCAUUUGGACAUGAUGUAUAUGAACAGACCAUUUACAAUCAAAGUGGAUCCAACUGCUCUAGAACCUGGUGUGCACUCAACUUGUAUCAAGGCAUACGAUGUGACUUGUGUAGACAAAGGAUCAGUUUUUGAAGUUCCAAUCACUGUGGUCAAGCCUUUGGCCGUGGAUAAGAGCGAAUUGCCUGAUUUAACGUUUAACAACGUCUACUUCAAGCCUGGGACAAUCAAGCGCCACUUUGUUCAAGUGCCUGACGAUGCUACCUGGGGAGUUUUGCGCCUGAAAGCUCGCAAAGACACCAAAAACAGUCGCUUUGUGCUUCAUUGCGUUCAGCUUCGUCCUCAGCUUAUGUGCAAGACUCAGGAGUUUCACAAGAUGGUCAGCAUCAGCCAGCAGUCAGAAGCGACGCAUGGCUUCCCUGUCAAAGGCGGCAUCAUCCUUGAAGCUGUCGUUGCUAAGUGGUGGGCCAGCCUUGGCGACGUGUGCAUCGACUAUUCCCUGUCUUUCUACGGCCUGAAACCAGAAUCGCCAACGGUGAUGAUGCAUGGUGCUGAUGGCAUCUUGCACCUGGAGGUGCGGAGUAGUCUGAGACACGAGGAACUGUCGCCGACCAUAUCGUUGAAGACCCAAGUACAGGUGUUGCGACCCAACGACGCCAAAGUUUGCGCUCUAGGAACUAGGGACGUGAUCCCUCCCUCGCGGCAAAUUUACGAAUUGCAGCUUUCGUACUCUUUUCACAUCAACAAAGCUACAGAGAUUUCACCAAACAGUGCUCUACUUAGUGAUUUGCUCUACGAGUCAGAGUAUGAGUCCCAACUGUGGAUGCUUUUCGAUAGCAACAAGCAACUAAUUGCAGCUGGUGACGCUUAUCCGUGCAAGUAUUUGGUAAAAGUGGAAAAGGGAGACUUUGUUCUUAAAAUGCACGUUCGACAUGAGAGACGCGAGCUCCUGGAUCGCCUCACUGACCUCACCCUUUUACUGGCUCAAAAGUUGCCUUCAACGCUUACUCUGGACGUUUAUACCAGCCACUCGCAAGCUUUAAUCGCAGGGAAAAAGGCGCAGCCAAUCGUUUUGGCUCCUGGCACCACUCAACCUAUUUACAUAACUCCGUUGCCUAACGAGAACAAUCAUAGAAAAAGAGCAGACAGCAUGUGGAGUCUUAAAGGAGCCACGAUGGGACAGUAUUUGUCUGGCACAAUCUCUUAUGCAAAGGACGAGAUAGGAAAGAAAGUUGAUUUGUACAGCUUCAGGUACAUCUUGCCCCCUGAACCGCCUAGAAAGCAAAGCAGCAACGGCAGCAAAGUUGCGAUGGCUGUUUGCACUUCUUCGUCUUCAGAUAGCAAGGAAAGCAACAAGGAAAAGGAGCGCAGUAAAGCAGACGACUUUAAGGAUGCCCUCAGAGAUACAAAGAUCAGCUGGAUGGCUAAAAUUGGUCUGCAUGGUGAUAACAUGAAACUAAGCAAAACGAUUUUUGACGAGCUCAAUACCAACUUCGAAGAUCACCUACCUCUUCUGCUCUCUCGCCUACAAUCCCUGUACGAUUUUCUCAGCGAGAACAAUAAUUCUGAGCUGUUCUUCGCUUACAAAAGCCUGACUUUGGAAGCUCUUGGCCUAGCUGACAGAAUCAUUAAUUUAAUCAACCAAGAUACACUGCUGUCCUAUUUUGGGCUAAAGAAUGAUUCCAGACCUGACUCUACAAAAAUCAAAACGCAAAUGGAAAAGCAGAAGCUUGCUUUGGUUGACGCACAUGUGCGGAAGGGGUUGAUCCUCUCUGAACUGUAUUUGGCAUCACAGCAAAAGUUAGACGCUGUAGAUACCGCUCCUAAAGAUUCAGGUGUUGCGCUGCCGUCGCCUACGCGCGAAGAAUUGGACUCUAUCAUGAAGGAAAUUCUCAAAUACGCUGACUACAGUGACACCAGAGUGGUGCCGUUUUCCAUCCAACAUGCGGUUGUGUUUGAGCAUUAUGGCAGAGCGUUGAAGUUUACUCAGAAGCAGCAAGAAGAAAAGCAAAGCAAGGACUUAGACCUGAAGUCACUGCAGUAUUUGCAAAACUUGGGCUGGGAGCACGCAGCACAACACAUGGAAGCAGGUCUACCCGUCCGCUAUCCAAGCACUUACCAUCCCUUUUAGACGCAAAAUACAAUCAUUGAUUCCGGAUUGUGACUGAGUUUGGAGCGGCUGAAUCAGCUGCUUGUAUUGUAAAUCAUGUUGAGCGCGGGAUUUUGUAAUAGUGCGUUCGCGGUACCCGAAAAUGCUUGAUCCCGAUGAACGCACUAGUUUAUAACCACGUUUAGCUUCAUUAUGCGAAAAUUUAAUAUUAAUGGGACACUGUGUUGUGACGAUGCAGCUUAGUUGUAAGUUGUAACUUGCAUUAUUUUAUAAUUUACAAUUUGAAUAAUACACAGUUAUCCUUA